AUGGCGACAAUACCCUCAUUUGAUCGUCCUGUUCAAUUGCGCAAUGAUUUCACGGAUGAAGAAGAUGACCUAGAGGGCUUCGAAGGUACUGCAUCUGAAGAUGACCGUACAGAAGGGGAGUCAUCGGAGUCUCGUCAUUCCGACUCAGAUACACACUCCGGGCCCUCUUCAGGUUCAGAAGAAGCCGACGAGGGACAGCCUUUGAACGAAAUAAGUUUUGGUGCACUGGCGAAAGCACAAGAAUCUUUUAAUCCCAAUCCUCGAAAACGAAAGCUGGCCGACACAGCUUCAGAGACUCACGGGAGACAACAAGAUGACUUCUUUGACACCCGCAAGAGGUCCAAAGAAGCCCGUGUUCAAGCACCAAAACGCUCAUCUAAGCAUGCUCCAGCUGUCGAAUCAGCCAGAAAGCCAGUGUCGAGGACGCGGGCGGUCUUUGACACCUCCACAGCCUUGAAAUUUCGUGAUCCUCGCUUUGAUCCUACAGUAAUGUCUGCGAAUAGGGACAGAAAUGCCGUUGACCGUGCCAAUAAGAACUAUUCUUUUCUAUCCGCGUACCAGGCUUCUGAGAUCCUCGAGAUGAAAUCUCAGAUCAAGAAAUCCAAGGACCCUCGAGCCAUCGCUCAGUUGAAACGACAAGUCAUGUCCAUGGAAGCCAAUGCCAGAAACGCCGAAAACAGACAGAAAGAAAAUGAGAUCAGGAGCAAACACAAGCAGCAAGAAAAGGUUGCCCUUAGUGCUGGCCAGAAAUCUAAGCCGUACUACUUGAAGGAUGCAGAGGUCAGGAAACUUGUCAAAGAGGAGAGGCGACAGAAUAUGGGCAAGCAGGCUCGCGACAAGUCUGACAAACGAAAAGUUAAAAGAGAAAAGGGCAAAGAAGCGAGGGACAUGCCCAGGGCAAGACGAGACAGAUAA